CUGUCUUCUCUCUCUCUCUCUCCUUCUCCGUUCUUGUUUUCUGAAUUCGCUCGAAAUCGAUCUCAACGCCAAUCCAAUGAUGUUUUAUAUUCGACCCCAAACUUAAAUUUAGAAACCACAAUUUCUCGAAGUCAAUCCGUUUUCAUUUUCACGAAUUGCAUCGCCAGGUCCCUAUUUUGAGCCUCAUCCUUGUGAGUAGGAAUAUUAAGCUUCCUACUAUUGUAGCUUCUGUGGUCCCUUGCUUUGAGAGUUCAGUAAUAGAGGUACUUUUCUACAUGUUAAGGCCCUGUUUAUCAACUAAAAAAAAUGUCCAAUUACCACCAAGAGGAGGAUGCUGAUUACAUGGACGAUGUGGAUGAUGAAAUGGAUGAUGUGGUUGACGAUGAUAUAGAUGACGAGUUUCGCGGGGAUGAUAUGGUUGCAUCGGAUUCCGAUGUCGACGAGUUUGACUACUCAAAUAAUAAAAUAGCUGACACUUCAGCUGAUCAAGCCCGGAAAGGGAAAGACAUUCAGGGGAUUCCUUGGGACAGGCUUAGUAUUACACGUGAGAAAUACAGACAAACUAGACUAGAACAGUACAAAAACUACGAAAAUGUUCCCAAUUCUGGGGAAUCCUCGGGGAAAGAUUGCAUGGUCACGCAGAAAGGGGCCAUUUUUUAUGAUUUCUGGCGGAAUUCAAGAUCUAUCAAAUCAAGUAUUCUUCAUUUCCAGUUGAGGAAUUUGGUUUGGGCAACUUCUAAGCACGAUGUCUACCUUAUGUCACAAUUUUUGGUGAGCCACUAUUCUACUUUGACAUCUGGAAAGCAUGAAGUUCUCAAUGUUCAAGGUCAUGUUUCCCCAUCCGAGAAACACCCUGGAAGCUUGUUGGAGGGAUUUACGAAGACUCAAGUGAGUACACUUGCAGUGAGAGAUAAAUUUCUAGUUGCUGGCGGAUUUCAAGGAGAACUUAUCUGCAAGCACCUUGAUAGACCUGGUGUGAGCUUUUGUUCACGUACAACUUAUGAUGAUAAUGCUAUCACCAAUGCAAUUGAGAUUUAUAACAAACCCAGUGGAGCGCUUCAUUUUACCGCAUCAAAUAAUGAUUGUGGAGUCAGAGAUUUUGAUAUGGAGAGAUAUCAGCUUGUACACUAUUUUCGCUUUCCUUGGCCAGUGAAUCACACAUCUCUGAGUCCUGAUGGUAAAUUAUUGACGAUUGUGGGAGACAACCCGGAGGGCCUUCUCGUAGACCCCAACACGGGAAAGACACUGGGAACGCUAGCAGGACACUUGGACUUUUCCUUUGCAUCGGCAUGGCACCCAGAUGGGGUCACAUUCUCCACAGGUAACCAAGACAAGACAUGCCGGGUUUGGGACAUACGUAACCUGUCUAAAUCUGUUGCUGUCUUGAGGGGUAACCUCGGGGCAAUCAGAUCCAUCCGCUACACAUCUGAUGGGAGAUACAUGGCCAUGGCUGAGCCGGCAGACUUUGUGCAUGUCUAUGACGUCUCAAAAGAGUAUGAAACAGAGCAAGAGAUCGAUUUCUUUGGGGAGAUCUCGGGAAUAUCCUUUAGCCCUGACACAGAAGCGCUCUUCAUCGGUGUUUGGGACCGCACUUACGGUAGUCUCCUUGAGUAUGGUCGGCGCCGUAACUACUCCUACCUUGAUUCAUUUCUUUAAUCAUUCACUCACAAUAAUAAAAGAGCGUUCCUCACUCUCCCGUGGCUGGCUUUGUUCAACCGAGAAACCCGACCAAGAGAAAACGUUAAAAAGUGUAUAACUGAAUCUCUCUAAUGGUGUAAAUGAUGUGUUGUGCAAUUACUAGUUAAGGGCCAUGGCUAUGGGUAUAGAAAAGAAACAUUUGCCUGAGCCCAUUUUUUAAUAAAAUUUUGAAGACUCCA